AGCCUCGCGCUAGUGUAAAUGUAAUGACUUUCCUUUCCAGUGCCUGUGGGUCCUAUAGCUCUUAAGUUUCUUCUUCUUUCUUCUUAAAAGAAGAGCCAGAAGAACAAACAAAACAAAAGAGUUCACAGUUCACACCCUAAUCUUACAAAAGUUUUCUAUUCUAUUUCUCAUUCCAAGGCUUUCCGCUAUAUAUGUCUUGUCUGCCACAAGAUGGAAAAGCUUUAACCCUUCAGUCAUGCUUCCUCUUAAGACAUAUUAGCCGAAAUGCUCUCACCUACUUCUUCUUUUUUAGUCUUCAUUAAUAAUUAUCAGUCUCUCAAUCUUGUGUUUGAUGCCUGUCCCCACAAUUUGAAUUAACGUCUCUAUGGGUAAUACCCUUUUUUGAGAAAUUCAAUAGUAUGUUCUACUACCAUCUUCCAUGGAAUGUCUAACCUAAACAACAAAGUGAAGGAGAUUCAGGUCAUUUCCUAAACAAAAGUUCACUCCAUAGCAGCUCCUAAAGGAGAAAAGGCAGAGAUCAAAAAGCAUUAAAAGAAUCAAAUUCAAGUACAAAUUAGACUUAUACUAGGCCUCAUUAUCUCUAAUGGAUGCUCUUAAAGCCAUAUUUCUCUCCUUGAUCAUGUUACAAAUAUGCAAGAUUACUGCCAUUAAUGUCACUGAUGAGGAAUGGAAAACUGCUACUGCAACUUACACCAAAGAAAAAGAUGGCUCAAUCACAAUAGAAGGAGCUUGUGGGUAUGGGGAUCUUCAUAAAGCCAGUUAUGGUAAGUUUAGUGCUGGACUAAGUACCACGUUAUUCAACAAAGGGAGUACCUGUGGAGCUUGCUUUGAGGUUAGAUGUGUCGACCAUAUCCUGUGGUGUCUUCAGGGUAGCCCUUCUAUCAUUCUCACUGCCACAGAUUUCUGCCCUCCAAAUUACGGGCUUUCAUCAGAUUAUGGUGGCUGGUGCAAUUUCCCCAAAGAACAUUUCGAGAUGUCUGAGGCAGCAUUUGCUGAAAUUGCAGAAAGAAAAGCUGAUAUUAUUCCAGUCCAAUACAGGAGGAUAAAGUGUGAGAGAAAAGGUGGGCUGAGAUUCACAGUGAGUGGGAGUUCUCACUUCUAUCAAGUCCUCAUCACCAAUGUAGGCUUAGAUGGUGAAGUAGUUGCUGUGAAAGUGAAGGGAUCAAAAACAGGGUGGAUACCUAUGGCAAGAAACUGGGGACAGAAUUGGCAAUCCAAUGUCAACCUUAGUGGACAGCCUCUUUCUUUUGAAGUCACUACUAGCAGCGGAAGAACACUCACAUCUUACAAUGUUGCACCAGCAAAUUGGCAAUUUGGUCAGACAUUUGAGGGCAAACAAUUCUAGCAUAAGAGCAUCAAAGCUUGAUUUGAAAUGUGGCAACCAACCUGAAAAUGUCAGGCACUGGUGGAGGGUUUAGCAGCAGUAAUGCAGUAUUGAAUAUCUCCAGUCAUGUUCACACCACCAUUAGUUAUGUAACUCAAAAAUUCUAGCUAUGCCAUAAAGGCAGUCCUUGGUCAAAAAGGGUGAGAAAGUUAUAGAGAAAGGUUGAGAAAAAUAAGAAAGCAGGUCCCAGUUUUGUGUCUUUACCCGA